CUGGAGAGCUCGGAGCAGAGCCGCGAGAUGGACUCGGUGGUCUUUGAGGAUGUGGCUGUGGACUUCACCCUGGAUGAGUGGGCUUUGCUGGAUUCUAUGCAGAAGAACCUCUACAGAGAUGUGAUGCUAGAAACUUUCCAGAACCUGGUGUCAGUGGAUUAUGAAACACUGCUUAAAGCCAGUGGGUUGGUUUCUCAACAGGAUAUGCAUGAGAAAAAAAAAUCUAAUGAACAGAAAAUGGCAAAAUUCACAAAAAAUCAUUCUUGUGCCUACAUCUUAGAAAAAAAUUGGGAAGACCAUAGCACUGAAGAUCAGCAUGGAAACCAUGCAAGACAUCUGAGAAAUCCUGUGACAGGCAGAUUCUGUGAAAGUAAUGAAAGAAAUCAGCACAGAGAAACGUGCAGCCGGUUUCCCCAUUUUAAUUUCUGCAAGCAUGUUUCUACUGGAGUAAAACUCUAUGAAUGCACCAAGUGUGGAAAAGGCUUCAUGCAUCUUUCUUCCCUGAAGAGGCAUGUCAGAUCUCACUGUGUACAAAAACCACAUCCGUGUCAAGAAUGCAAGCAGGCUUGCGUUUGUCAUGCACACCUAAGAACUCACGCUGGAGAGAAGCCCUAUGGAUGUAAAUUAUGUGGGAAAACCUUUCCUUAUUUCUACUCCCUCACUCAACAUAUCAGGAUUCACACUCCAGAGAAAAACUAUAAAUGCAAGCAAUGUGGGAAAACCUUCCACGAGUUCUCCAGUCUUACUAGGCACAUGAACACUCACACUGGGGAAAAGCCAUAUAUGUGUAAGGAAUGUGGGAAAGCCUUCAUUUAUUCCUCAGUCUUUCAAAGACACACGGUAACACACACUGGGGAGAAGCCCUAUGAAUGUAAGUUAUGUAGAAAAGCCUUUCACCAUUCUUACUCCCUCACUCAACAUGAGAUUCACACGUCAGAGAAAACCUACGAAUGCAAGCAAUGUGGGAAAACCUUCCACGAGUUCUCCAGUUAUACUGGGCAUGUGCGAACUCACACUGGGGAAAAGCCAUACAAGUGUAAGGAAUGUGGGAAAGUCUAUCCCUCAGUCUUUCAAAGGCACAUGAUAACACACACUGGGGAGAAGCCCUAUGAAUGUAAGUUAUGUGGGAAAAAGUUUCGACGUCCCUACUCCCUUGCUCAACAUAAAAAGAGACACACAGCAGGGAAAACCUAUGAGUGCAAGCAGUGCAGCAUAGCCUUCCACGAGUUCUCCAGUCUUACUAGACACGAGAGAACUCACACUGGGGAGAAGCCAUAUAAGUGUAAGGAAUGUGGGAAAGCCUCCAUUUAUCCCUCUACCUUUUGAAGACACAUGAUAACACACACUGGAGAGAAGCCCUAUAAGUGCAAACAGUGUGGGAAAACCUUCAGUUAUCCCCAGUCUUUCCAAAGACAUGAAAACACUCACACUGGAGAAAAGCCCUAUGAAUGUAAGGAAUGUGGGAAAGCCUUCAGUUGGCCUGAAACCUUCCGAGUACAUGUGAGGAAGCACACUGGGGAGAAGCUGUAUAACUGUGAGCACUGUGGGAAAGUUUUCAGUUCCCCCAAGUCCUUCCAGGGGCAUGUGAGAACCCACGCUGGAGAGAAACCUUACGAGUGUAAACAGUGUGGAAAAGCCUUCAGUUGGCCCUCAACCUUUCGAGAACAUGUGAGAAUUCACACUGAAGAGAAACUGUAUAAAUGUGAGAAUUGUGGGAGAGCCUUCACUUCUUCCAGAUCCUUUCAAGGCCACAUGCGCACCCACACUGGAGAGAAGCCUUAUGAAUGUGCACAAUGUGGGAAAGCCUUUAGUUGGUCCUCAUCCUUACAAAAGCAUGUGAGGAUGCACACUGGAGAGAAACCCCAUAAAUGCAAACAAUGCGGGGAAGCCUUCAAGUGGCCCUCAUCCUUUCGAAACCAUGUGAGAAUGCACAUUGGGUAGCAGCUCCAGAAAUGCAUGUAAUAUUUGAGUUGGGUCAUGCUUUCUAGAGAGAAAUUCCAUAAUUGUAAGUAAUGUUGGAAAAUCUUGCACUAAUUCAUGUAUCAUACUGCAGGAAGGAAAUAUAGAAGUUAUAAAUAUGGUACUGUUUGUCACUACCUCAUUUAAAAACGGA